AUGUCAGGUUACUAUAAAAGCUUAAAUAGUAUUGAAGAUAUUUCCAAUGUUAGCAAUGAAUGUUUUCAAUCAUUAUAUUGGUUAUCAAAAACAGAGUUUGUAGAUUUAUAUUUUAAACUUAAAGAUAUGGAUCCAACCUAUAGAAUAAAAGAAUUAUUGGUAUAUUUGAACUACCUCAAACAAUACCCAACUUUUAAAGAACUAACAAAAAUGACAGGUCACUCAUCUUCAACACUACAGAAGUUUUUAAAAAGAUCAGUUGAAAUGAUUUGUAUAAUUUUUGAACAAGAACCAUAUAAAUUUGAAGAUAGGUUAAAGGCAAAGCCAUUAUUACUUAAAGGGAAAUUAGUUUAUGCAAUAGUUGACGCUAGUAUUUAUAAAAUAGAAAGUAUUCCAGAUCCUGAGGUUGAAAAACUCUACUUUUCAAAUAAGCAUGGGUUUCAUGGAAUAAAAUUUGAAUUUUGUGUAGAUACUGAAGGUAACAUAGUUUGGGCAAAUGGAUAUUAUGAUGGUGCGAUUCACGAUAUAGAUAUUUCACAAAAAUCAAAUUUGGUUAAUCAAAAAUUAGAACCAAACGAAAGGGUUUUAGGAGGUUUGGAUUAUGCUUCAGAAGAUUUCGAACACUUUUUUCUCACAGUAACAAAGGAUAUUUCUCCAUCAGAAAAAACCGACGAAGAAAUUUAUAUGGAUAUGAUUUUAAAGGGAAAAAGAACUAUAAUUGAAAACUUAUUUGGCCGUCAAAAUCAAGGUUUAAGUAUUUUAAAACAAAGAUAUAGAGGUGAUGUGGAAUAUUUUUCAGAUAUAUUAAAAUCAAUUUUUUGUAUAUCGGGAAAAAUAAAAUUAAAAUAA